GACCGUGUUUUCGUCGGACAACAACAAGACAGCUCAGCUGAGCUCUGUCUUUACGGUGGAAACCUCUCAUAACUUCUGCAAAUUUGGCAUUUAAGUUGAUUGUCACCCGGAGCCUUGUGGUUUAAGGGUCUCAGCAGACGGAUAAAUGUCUGGUGCGUCAGAACUUCCUAAAAGAGAAGAAGAGGAGGAGGUCACGCCUGAACCAGAGGAACAAUCCGACGACAGCAGUGAGGACGAGGCUUCAGGAGAGAUGGAUUUCCUGCGCAACCUCUUCUCCAGCACUUUGGGCCUCGGCUCAGCAGAGAAAGUCCUCGAUGAGCUGACUCUGGAUGGAGUGGCACGGUACAUAAACAGCGGCAAAUGUAAAAACAUCAUCUGCAUGGUCGGAGCAGGAAUAUCCACAUCUGCUGGCAUCCCAGAUUUCCGCUCACCUGGAACUGGCCUGUAUGCAAACUUGCAAAAAUACAACCUGCCUUACCCAGAGGCCAUCUUCCAGAUAGACUACUUUAAGAAACAUCCAGAACCAUUCUUUGCCUUGGCAAAAGAGCUUUACCCCGGACAGUUUAAGCCGACAAUCUGUCACUACUUUAUGAAGAUGUUGAAGGACAAGGGGGUCCUGAGACGCUGCUACACACAGAAUAUUGACACUCUAGAACGAGUAGCCGGGCUUGAAGGAGAAGAUCUGAUCGAAGCUCAUGGAACAUUCUACACGUCACACUGUGUCAGCUUUUGUUGCCGCAAGGAGUACAACCUGGACUGGAUGAAAGAAAAAAUCUUUUCUGAUGACAUUCCCAAAUGUGACAAGUGCAGCAGUUUGGUCAAACCAGAUAUUGUCUUCUUUGGAGAGAAUCUGCCAGUCCGAUUCUUCACUUCGAUGAAGAUGGAUUUUCCUCGUUGUGAUCUCCUCAUCAUCAUGGGAACGUCUCUGCAGGUCCAACCAUUUGCGAGCCUCGUCGGCAGGGUUUCAAAAAGUUGCCCCAGACUGCUCAUUAACAUGGAGAAAACAGGGCAGGCUGAUCCUCUACUUGGGAUGCUCGGUUUUGGAGGAGGGAUGGACUUUGACUCAGACAAGGCUUACAGAGAUGUAGCUCACAUCAGUACGUGUGACGACGGCUGCUUGGCUCUAGCUGACCUGUUGGGAUGGAAGGCGGAGCUGGAAGCGUUGGUGAAGCAGGAACAUGCCAGAAUCGACAGUCAGGACAAGAAAGAGAAGGACAGUGAAAGUAAAGGAGCUGCAGCCAAGGCGAGCUCUGCAUCAGCGGCACCAGAACCCAAAGCUGAGGAGUAACUAAUAAAAAAAGCACCCUUCUUAAUUAAAGCUGUAGUGAUGCCACAGUUUGGAGUUGGCCCGUGAAAGGAGACUAUGAUACUAGGGUUUCUGUUUGGAAGUGAAGCUUUGACGGGUGUCUGAUACGCUCUUUUCAUCUGCUGACAUUUAAUUCUUGUGAGAGAAACUCACAGACGUCUCAUAUUCCUGCUUCACUCUAAUGCGUACAUCAGCCAUUUGCACUUUACUUACAUUAAUAUAUCUUUCUCUUUUUUGCAUUAGCUCCCAUCUGUCUGAGCUGUACACUACCAGUCAAAAGUCUGGACACCUUUUCGUUAAAUGGUUUUUAUUUAAUUAUUUCAUACAUUGUAGAUUAAUACUGAGGACAUCAAAACUAUAAAAGAAUACAUAUGGUAUUGUGUUGCAUUAAUCUUCAGUAUUAAUGUACAAUGUAGACAAUAAUACACUUAAAUAAAAAGCAUUGAAUUCGAAGGUGUGUCCAAACUUGUGACUGGUAGUGUGUAUCUUUCUCUGUGCACGGGCAGAUUUUACUGCAGUACAACAAAUUGUUCAUGUGUCUUUAUUUCAGCAGCACACAUCUUCAUACGUUUGAAAGGGGGUUAAUUUUGAAAAACCAGCCGCCCUUGGGUCAUGACUUUGCUACAUGGCAUGAAAGCUGAAAUGAUGUCACUUGGACAGCUCUGAUGAAGUGAUGUGGGCUGAGGUGCUGCAGCUCCCUUCAUUUCAUGGAGUGUAUGAAUUACAUUUAGACUUCCUCAAAGAUAACCAAGCUGUUGGUGUGUCAUCUUCCUCCUCAAAAAGAACCUGAUUGACCUGAUAAAGUGUCACGUUUUGCCCAUCAGAAAAUUAACUUCCUGAUGGGUAAACUCAUCUGUAAAUAUAAAAACAGCAUAAUUGCUUAUACUAAACUUCUAAAAUGUCUUGAUUUUUAACUAACAAUGUUAGAUUUUUUGUAAUUUCUUUUAACACAGUGCUCUCAAACUCAGAUGAAACAGAUCAUGUAACAAAAAAGCUGUACUCAAUGUGCAAAAACUAACUUUGCUUUUCCUUCUGUCAAGAGCUUAAUUGGUCCUUCGUUGAUUUUGCCUCGUUAAUCUUUGGAGAUUGAUGAAGUUCUGCAGAAACAUGGGUUACUAAAAUGAAGGUCUGAUAUAAUAUAAGAAUAUACAUUUUCUUGGGAUAGCUGGAAGAGCAUGAAUUGUUGCGAUAUGAAUUUUUAAAAAGUACUGGAUUGGAAACAAUAACAUUAGCAUCUGUACAAUGUUAUGGAAGCCAAGACAAAAUCCUGCAAUAAAUUUUACCUUUGUAAAA